AUGUUCAUGAUGUGCGGCGUACCAACUUUCCUAAUUCUGGCGUGUACAGCAUGCCUGGUGGCGGCACAGAAAUGCUCACUUCCUCCUGGAGCAAUUUUGUGGGAUCCGAACCCUGCCAACACAGUCCAUACUGUCAGCUGGGGCUACGGUUCUAAC